UAAUAAUUAAACACAUUGAUUUAUUCUGAAAAGGGAGGAUGCAUUUUGUUCGAGCAAUUACAGCAGCCAAUCAACGUUUGGAGCGGUUGCUUGGCGUUGAGUACGCGGGAAGUUGCUGCGUGAUGGCGGCUGGGAAAGAGGAGGCUUCGGACAUGACGGUUAAAGCGGCCGAAAGUCGAGUAGUUGAUUUAUCAGGGAUGGGAUUGCAGCAUUUGGAUACAAUUUCUCUGUGUGUGACAAAUGCUUUUACUUUGAUUCUGGACAAGAACCAACUGACUAAAUUGGAAAGUGUGGAGAAAUGCAGUGAUUUAGUACAAUUAUCUGUAGCCAACAAUCGCCUAGUCCGGAUGAUAGGUGUAGCAAAGCUUAUCAGUUUGCAAGUUUUAAACUUGCCUAACAACAGCAUUGGAAAUGUGGAAGGCCUGAAGGACUUGGUUCAUUUAGAAUGGCUCAAUUUAGCUGGAAACAACAUCAAGACCAUGGAACCAGUUAACAGCUGCUUGGCACUUCGACAUUUAGAUUUGUCAGACAACAACAUUUCCCUGAUAGGUGACCUAUCAAAACUACUGUCUCUGCAGAUACUGUUGUUGCAUGGAAAUACUAUCACCACACUUCGGUCUGCUUCCAGUCACCUGCCACCAGGUUUAAACAUCCUCUCUCUAGCAGAGAAUGAGAUUAGAGAUCUAAAUGAGGUUUCUUACCUGGGGUUCCUUCGUGAGUUGGAGCAGCUAUCGAUUAUGAGCAAUCCAUGUGUGAUGGCCACACCCUCCCUUCCUGGAUUUGACUACAGACCAUAUAUUGUCAGUUGGUGUCUAACCCUGCGGAUUCUUGAUGGUUAUGUAAUCCCACAGAAAGAGAGCCUCAAAGCAGAGUGGCUUUACAGUCAAGGGAAAGGCCGAUCAUUUCGACCUGGUCAACACGUGCAGCUGGUCCAAUAUUUGGCCUCAGUUUGUCCUCUCACUUCAACUCCAGCACUACAGUCUGCAGAGGAUGCUAAACUAGAAAAAAUUCUCAAUAAACAGAGACUUCACCAAAUGGAGCUGAUGGAGAAGUUCCAGAACAGCAGCCAUAUUCCACAGUCAAGUCCAACCCAGGAGCUGUCAUUUCAGAGUGAACGUAACAGCCUAACACAAAAUUCCAGUACUCAUAAUGUGAAAGAACCUGUCAUUCGAAUUAACUCAUGGGUUGGAGCGAGUGACCAUGGAGACCAGUGCCAUGCAGUCAAGGAGUUCUCACCGGUUCUUGGACAGACUGCAGGGUAUUGUUGUAGUGAGCUCUUCUUGGAGGAUGUUCAGACUGAUGAAGACAAACUGAAUUGCAGUCUUCUCUCUUCAGAGUCUAUGUUUAUGCCUGUAACCGCUGCAGUGUCCCCUCUUACACCUUCCCAUGACCUGAGCCUUCCUCGAGAUACUCCGGCUCCAGAAGGAGAUGUCACAUCACCAUUUCAUUUGGAAAAGGGGGCUAAACAUAAGGAUAGCCAUGACCGAAAACAUCAGAGUGCUACAAGAGGAACAGAAGAGUAUGGAGCAUGGGGGGGAGAAGCUAGCAAGAAAAGUAAAGUGAGUGGCAACAAAUUGUUCCAUGUAUCCAGUCCAGUGCAAUCUUGUGUCAACUUCACUUCAAGUAUAAGUAAAUGCCCAGAGUCAGCUGCAUUAAGAAAGGAGCACAAUUUGCUAGAUAACAAAUUGCCUAAGUGGGCACCAAUGGAAACAAGCCAGAAGAUGGUGGGAGAAGACUCAAAGCCAGAUAAAUCUGGUACAUCUGUAACACUUAAUCCUGAUCCAGAACUCCUGAAUGAAAUGAAUAAAGCAGCCAUAAAGAUUCAAGCACACUGGCGAGGAUUCUACACCAGGAACUCGAAUCAAAAGGCAAAGGAAAUACGUUGUGAAAUCCGGCUACGUAGAAUGCAGGAACAUGUAGAAUACUUGACUGAAGAAGUAAUCAGAUGGAGGAAGGAAUGCAAAGAAGAACGCAUUCAAAGGAUGGUGCAGGAAGAAGCUGUGAAGUUUUUAUGGAACCAGGUUCAGAGCCUCCAGGAAUGGCAGAUGUGCAUGACCCAGAAGGAAAAUGUAGCAUUGCACUCUGACACAAAAGAACCCAUACUUCCACAGCAUAUGUUUAUUCAUUCAUCUGAAUGUGAACCACAGUCCUUUCUCUUGAAUAGCCAUCUGAGCCCCACCUCCAGACAAGAUACUCACUUGGAAUGUUCAUUGCUAGAAUUUCCUGAUUCUGGCUUUCAGUCUUCAGAUGUCACCCACAAUUGUCUCAAAGAUUCCCUGAAUUCUCAUCAGAGUUCUUCAGGGAGCAUGAGCACAGUUGUAGAAGUCUCCCGUGAAAUUGUAAGAAAAGACAAUGAGUGUCUAACUAAGGAACCUGGGGAGCCAGAAGCCCUGGAUUCCAGCCACACACAAUGCAGUAAAGAAAACUCCAACAGUGAACAAGACAGCAGCCUUAUACAACAGUACCUCAAUUCAGUAAGGCAGCUAGAUGCUGCAGAGGAUGAGCCAAGUUUUAGCGGGAGGACGGAAUGCAAUAGUAGCAGUGAUGUUUCCCUCUGUGGUGCUUCAGUGGAAAUGUCUAAUAGCAAUACCAGGAUUCCAGAAGCCCUCCGUCAAGCAGAAAAAUGUGUCAUUGAAACUGACAUUGUAGAGUCUAUCGGCAUGCAAGGAAAAAGCCAUGAACCAGUCCCUGAGGCAUUAUGAGUAGAAGUAGAUAAAUAGUUAACUGUAAUCAGUGAAGAACAGUGCUAAUAAGCUCAUAAUUUUUGUCAAUAUGCAUACUUAUAUGAAAUAAAGGCCUAAAUGUGUUUCAUUGGCGCAAAAAUACCACAUUUAAAAAUAAAAUGUUGUGAUAAUUAAACAAUAUACAUUUUUCAAAAGCUCUUUAAAGAUCAAAUUUAAAUGUAAUGCUAGCAUUUAAUUACUUUUUUAUUUCUUUAGCUUUUCAUUCUAGCUAGGAAUAAUUUGCAAUCUCCAUUGUCUGCAGUUUUAGGUUUUUUAUUGUUUUAAUUUUCCUGAAAAGUAAGGUUUUCCCCUCUUAGGGCUUUCGGAGCCAUCCAUGAUCCUUGGUUCAGAAUCUGUAACUGUGCCUCUACAGUCCUUUCUCCUCUCCUCUUAGCAUGGUGACAUGACUGAGAUUAUCAACUUCCUGUGUGAGUUAUGAUAGGUAUGAAAUUGUAUCCCACCCUGGCAAAACAUAGUAGCAAUCUCAAUUUGCCAUCUCUUCUGUUCACAGUUUUUAUUGAUGGAAACAUAUUCCUCAUGUUACAACAAUCAGUCACUUCUGUGUGUGAGGUGAUGCUCUUGUCAGACUGAUUCAGCACUACUCUACCAAGUGGGAUUUCACUUUUGAGUAGUUUUGAUAGAUGAGAACUACCAUAAUUUCACAAAUAUUCUAAUUUAUCCUAUGGCAUACAUUCUGGGUAUCUCAAGGAUUCUAAUUCUUGGACAGUUGCUCACGGUUCAAAACAGUUAACCAAUAUCUGUUUUAGUAGCCAGUAAGGAGUUUUGUUUUAAAUGUGAAACUAAAAGCAGUUAUAAAUAUGCUUGACAGUGUCAAUUUUUAGUAGUAUGGACCUAUUGGGCCUUCAAACUAAAAUUAAUGAAGUUUACUAAUUGCAAUGAGUGGUAUGAUUCUGAGAUGCAAACCAGGAAAUGCUCAGAUUUGAUCUCUAAUCUUACAAAGGCUGUAGUGGACAUUACUAUAGAAUUUAGCAUUUCUUUAUUCAGAUUACUGCUCCUGAUUAUUAUUCCAUAAUCCUUGCUUUGUGUGUCUGUGGGCAAUGGGUGAAGAUGAAACCAAGCUCAGCUGUGAUAUCUUCCACUGUCAAAUAACUUGCCAGACUAUUGUUAUCUAGCAUCACACAUGAAAAUGACCUCGAGCCAUUAGAACAUGUGCAGUAUACCUUGUAUUGAUCGCUACUGUCAGCAGUGAGAUGAGGGAAAUAAAUUUAUUGCAGAACUACUUUGUGAAAUUAUGGUAGGAAAUAAAACAAAAUGGCCUGGUUGUGCCCUGCGCUAUUAUAAAAUUAAAUACUUAAUUGUUUAAAAAAAAGUAUUAAAUACUUUUAAUAAAAAUUUAAUAAGUUUUUAAUAAAAGUAUUUAAAAAAUUAUAUCCUGUUUUGUGUAGCCAUGGGUUAGGAACAAUUCCUUUUGAGCUUCAUUAUAGAUUUUGAUGUGUACCAUGGAAUGAGCUACUAAUCUGACCUCAAUAAGUCUAUUUGUUAUUGAACUUGGAUAUAGAGAUUAAAACCGAAGAAAACAUUGCUAACAAUGGAAAGGGUUGCAUCCCUUAUUUGAGUGAUUUAUAGUUUCAUUUUCUGUAAAGAAAUAAAUACAUAUGCUUGUAAUAUUAGGACUAUUGAUAAUGCGCAUGAAACGUGUAUCCUUGACACUUACUGAAGUAAGGGAGUGUUUAUUGAAAAUUAUGGCAAAUAAUAACUAACCACUAAAAUAUGCAUGAAGAUCUUGCUCAGAUAUUUUGCAUUUUUCAGCCAAAUUGCAUUUUACAAUGGCAGUUUAAAGAAAGGAAAUAAUAUCUAAACAAUUAAGUAUAAAGUGACCAGUUACUUUGGUCUAACCUGGGUGCACAUAUUUUUAGUGGCAAUUCUUAUUCUAUCAAACAAUGCAAAAUUGAUUUUUGGUCUUUGCUUAUCUUAUGUUGGUUCAAUGAAGCAAAUCUCUUUAGAAGUGUGAAUGGGAUGAAUUUAAACUCUGAUACCUAAUAUUGCCUGUGCCAUAUGUAAGAAUUGAUAACCAUAUGGAAAGAGAGUUGUGAUGAACAGUGUUAUGUCACAGAAUUCCAAACCUUCCAUGUGAAAGUUUUAUCGUGUUAUUAUUGCUCUAACUUAUAGGGAUUUGAUACCUGGGCCAAAUUUGCUUAUUCCUGGAGCAAAUACAUGCUCCUCAGAUUUGUGCAUGCCGAAGUGAAAAUGCUCCCCAGUACCCACUGAAGACAAAGGUGUGAUCAUUGAAUUCUAAGAGUUAAUUGUCUCUUCAAAUCAUUCUUGUAAAAUUUAAAAAUAAACUCACAUUGCUUUCUGCCCUUUUUGAACUUAAACACUAAUAUCUUUAAUAUUUUAUAUGUACAAUAAAAUGUUUAAUUACUGUAGGUAAUUGAAAUACAAUCAUUUUGAAUGGUUUUCUUUAUUGAUCAAAUUACCACUGAUCCUUUUUAAGUUAUUGAUGUCAGCAGUACAGUAAUAAACCUGUUUUGUUAAUGUUUUUUAAAAUUAAUUUACUUUGCUGUUAAUUUAAUCUGGUUUGACACUGCUGUGAGCAGUUAUAUUCAUCAUCUUUGGGGCAUGAAGCUUUCCCAAUACUGUCAACUGUAAUCACAUUUGGCUUAAAUAAAAUUAAGUGACAAAGCCUAUGGGCCAGAAUCCAAAGUCUUAAAAUAGAGCUGAUAAGAUUCACAAGGAAUUUAUUAAUUUACAGAAGAAUAUUCUUAUACCCUAGUCCCAGAAUUAGAUUUAUGCCAUGGGUCUGUGUGCAUAUCUAUCAUAUAUAUAACUUUAUUAGCUGUGCAAUACAAUCAUCACCCCGUGAAUUCUUGAAAGUCUUUUGUUAUGUAGUAGAGAGAAAAUGGAGAAAAAAAUGGCAAAUGCUGCAAACUGAAAUUAAAAUACAAGUUACAGCAGAUGAAAAGCAAAAAUGAGUUACUGUUUUAGGUAGACAUGCAUUUGUGAUGAUAGGUGUCUACUCAAAACAUUAGCUUUCAUCAGAUUUAGCACUGUCCAUAUUGGCAGAUUGUUUUUCCCUUGAUUAUUAUGAAAUUCAACUUGAUAUUGCAGUGAGUGGGUCCUGUGCAGACUUAACUUCUCUUUUGUUUUGAUGAAUUUAGUGAUUUAUUUAGGUCUGACCUCAACAUUUAGACCAAAGCCAAAAUUAUCUCUUGGUUGAAAGUUAAUUAGAUUGAAGGACCUAGCGGAACAUUGUCCUUGUUGCCUAAUGCCACUCUGCCAGUGAAGACUGAAAAACUAUUCUGUAUCUGAAUUGGAGGCCAUGGCACCUUGAGCAAUUUCAAUGCAGUUUCCAACAAUUGACCCAAAACGACUUUAACAAUUGUCAGAAAAUAAGAUGUUUAAAGUUUUUGGUUUUAUGUAACAUUUUAACUUUGAAAUUCACAAUUUGUUUCCAUAUUGAUAUGCUGAUGAGGAAAGUGCCUGGUAUUGCAUUGUAUUUAUCUUUACAAUUAGACUUUCAUAUAAUUAUGUGCAUUCUUAAUGAAUUACAAUUCCAAUAAUUUUCUAGUUUGGCAAGGUUUUUUCAAAAUGCUUUUACUCCAAGAAGUUAAAGGCAGUCACCAGCUUGUGUCAAUGGGGAAUAUCUAGCAAUUGUGGCUACAGAUGAAGCUUCAGGAGAAGUAUUAAAAAUGAUGGGGCUGAUUUACCUGACCUUUGGCCCCAAGGAACACCAAAGCCCUGGCAUAAAUGCUUGAAAAAUGAGAGACUCAUUUUGCUGGCUCUCUUCCCCUUUGUUGUUCCAAGGAAUUCACACAUGAGCAGAACAAUGUCUGCACCUUCAAUAGGUACAAGCAAGCAGAGCUUAGGUAAUUUUUCCCAGCCCUUUCAAAUCAUUACCCUAUGACCAAUGCAUUCACUUCAAUGAGAUACUUAGAAGCUGAAGGUCGGUCUUGUGCCUGGAUCCCCCUCAAACCAUAGGGAUCAAAUGUUAGUUGGAGUGCCACCAGGCUGUCAGUUGACUCUUAAGUCUGCAAUAUUACUCCUGUUUCUAUCGCUGGGGAUAUGCCUAUGCAAGACUGGGCUAAGAUAAUGACCUAGCCCACCAAAUUUAGGUGUGGCUCAGCUUGGACAGGGACAGCACAUUUUCAUCCAAAAGCCUGUCCCAAUUCAGGACAGGCCAGGAAAAUUGACUUCACUAUUUAUUUCUUGUGCAAGUGUAACCUAUUAUUUCUGUAUUUGAAGGGCAAGAGUGUGGUCUAGUUUACUGUUUACAUUAUAUUUAUUUGAAUACUUGCUUUUUUGUACAUUUUUGUAUAAUACUUUAAUACUUAUUAAAAUGAGUUUUCAGGCA